UUAUAUGUACAUAAUAUUGUCAUAAGUGUUCUUAUCUCUUAAUAAUUAAAAUAAACUACUUGAAUCUUAUUCAAUUAUCAACAAAAUGUGUACGGUUGGUAUGCAUUUAGACGUAACCCUAGGAGCGAAUGAAGAAUUACGAUUUAGACAGAAAUAUUCGAAAUUAUUACGGAGAUUAGCCAAAGAGUUGCCAUUAGACAGACAAGAGUUGGACAGUCUAGUGAUAAUUUAUUACAAACACAUGAAAAUUGCAGAGAAAAAGGCAAUGACUAAAAUCCAAUUUCAGGAGCUACUUCAUAGCGCGUUGGAUUUAACGGAUUCUCUUUCUGUUUUCCGAGUUACCGCCACUGCGUGCAAGUCAAUCGGUCCUUACGUUAAACUCGAAGAAUUUAUCAGGGUAAUGGCACUUUUUCUGAAAGGGACUUUUGAAGAAAAAAUUAAAUUUUGCUACAAGUGUUAUGUUGUCACGACUGUAGACGCCACUAUCCGUAGGGAUGUUAUGUUCCGAAAUCUCAAAGGGACAGUCUUCACUAGAAAUUUAGAUGAAGAUAGUGAUGAUAUUAUCCGAGACUUGGUGGACCUUAUUCAAGCAAAAAUGGAACUACAUAGAGACGGUAAAAUAACCCUUGAGGAAUAUAAAGAGAGUGUUCAGAGUAAUUCUUUAUUACUAGAGUUUCUAGGCCCUUGUGUACCGUCUCGCAUGGCAUCUCGAGCAUUUUUAUCAACAUUUACUGAUAAAUUGGGCAAAUUUUAGAGAAAAAAAACACAUAAUUACGUUUUCAAUUAACACAAGGCGAUGGUUUUAUACCAUUUUGUAUAUUUUUAGUUAAUCUAAUUGUAUUUUUUAAGAAUUUACAACAUAUUAUUUA